AUGAAAAAACUGGAGAGGCCCAAGAGAGGAGCUGUGUCUGCAGUUUGGAAGUUUUUUGGUUUGAAAAAAAUCCGACGCAGACAAAAGACUCGUCCACACCAAGCUGAAGCUGAAGGUAUUUAUGGUCAGAACUGGGGUGUGGAAUAUCCUGAUAGUAUCUGUGCCCUGAAGGGUUCAUCAAGGAUAACAGCACAACUGGAUGAGGAGUUAAAUACACUGGAGAGAAAAUCUGAUAAAUCCAGUGAAUCAGUAAAUCUGGCAUCACAGGCAAGCACAUUUCUGAACAAUUCUGAGACACUGGUCUCUUCACUGGUGAAAGCAACAGACACAGAAGAACUCCUCAACUUUACCUCCAACACCACUGAAGUGAAAGUCUACACUGUCGGACCAAACGCCACUGUAAGGAACAUCCUUCGGCUCAGUAAUACUGCCGCUCUCAUGGAUAUCGACAUCAUCAGUAUUGCAAAGAACAACAAGGGACAUGCAUCUGCGGCCUUCAUGACGUACGACAACAUGUUAGAAAUACUGAAGCCCACCUUCUUCCCCUCAAAGAAAGACACAGUCAACACUAUGAUGUCCACAGUAGUCUCAGCCUUCCUGCCCAAAACCACCAACAAAACGCUUACCAAUCCAGUUAACUUCACCCUGAAACACAUCAUAGACAUGGAUCCUGCAGGAACCCUUUACUGUGUCUACUGGGACAAAACUGAAUGGAGCACAAAUGGCUGUGUGAGAAUCAGUGAGGAAAAUUCCAAUGAUACAAUCUGUUCCUGCACACACUUGUCUACCUUUGCUCUCCUCAUGCAAACUGAAAAAUUACCUGAGUGGAGUCAUCGCUUGGAGCUGCUGAACACCAUUGCUUUUGCAGUAGGGCUGACAUUGCUGUCCUUGGCUGUUCUGACCUUCAUCCUGUUUCGUAAGAACUCGAGAGUGAGCAGCGUACUUCGACUGAACCUCUGCAUCUGUCUGCUGCUAGCACAACUCCUCUUCCUGCUUACUCAACGUUUUCUGGCUCACAGCAAUUACAAGGUGUUAGCAUGUGCUGUGUUUGUGGGAAUAUUGCACUUCCUUUUUCUCUCUGCAUUUAUGUGGAUGUUCCUUGAGGCCAUAACACUCUUCAUCUCGGUGAUGAACCUAUCAAAGAUCAAAUCCAGGCGGAGGGAGGUGCUUCAGUGGAAAUACCAGCUUGUGAUUGGUUAUGUGGUCCCCACUCUUGUGGUUGGUAUAUCUGUGGCUGUUCAGCGUGACGGUUAUGACAGUGAGACGUGCUGGAUUAAGUUGGGGACGAGCUUUGUCUGGAGUUUCUUGGGUCCUGUUUGCUUCAUUCUUGCAGUGAAUUUGAUCCUCUUCAUCACCAUCAUCAUCACUCUUCAGUGUACACUGAUGCACCUGAGCGGUGAUGUCUCACAGAUCAAAACCAGCAGGACUAUGGUGUUCAAAGCACUGGCCCAGUUUUUUAUACUGGGUUGCCCCUGGAUAAUGGGGUUCUCCACAAACAUCAGUGAGGGGGCAGAGAUCAUCUUCCUACUCCUCACGUCCCAGCAGGGCACCUUCAUCUUCCUGGUCCACUGUGUCCUCAAUAAAGAGGUAAAACAGAAACAGUUUCAAAAAUCUUUGAAUUUUUUUAGCAUGCAUAUGCGGUUUGAAUGCUACGAGAAUGUUUUCAUGAGCCUCAUCAAGUUUACCGUGUCUGACAAACGACAGUCGAACCUCGACUCUCGUAUUUAUGGUCAGAACUGGGGUGUGGCAUAUCCUGAUAGUAAUUGUGUCCUGAAGGGUUCAUCAGUAAACAUGUCCUGCUCCUACACAUAUCCCAAUGAUAGAUAUGGACAGAGUUACAUCAUCAACAACAUUCAGUCCAAUAACAGCGGACUAUACUACUGUGAGGCCCAGAAUAAACAUGGCUCUCAGAGAACCACUGCUGUUCCAAUCAAAGAGAAAGCUGUCGCUGCAGCCCUUUUGGCAUACCGGUACCUCUCAGUCUAUUCCGGAGGUCCCCGUGCUAGCCAAGCCCGGAAGGCCUCCUUCUUCAGCCUGACGGGUCCAUGA